UCAACAUUUCUGUGGUGUGAAGUAAUAAAAUAGUGUAGCAUCUUCACCGCAUCAAGGUGGCCACACAUGGUUGUGAUCUCCCAACCAUUUUCGACGUAUAUCUCUGUUCUAAUGAACUUUACAAAACUUGUUCGCAGAUAUGCAUAUGUUGCCACCUCGAAACCCACCCACCAUAUUUGACCCUGCUAAAAAUGCAUGCUUUUAAUUCCUUCCUCAAUCUCCAUACAUAUAUAUCGCGUGUCUCGUUAAGGGAAAGGAAUGAGAUCCUUUUAACCACUUAAAAACAUCGGCAAAGCAAACUGAGAAUGUUUUUGUUUCUGGGUAACAGUUACUAGGUGCAGCGGUGGUUGCAGUGUUUAAGGUUGUAUUUUGUUUUGUUUUUUUGUCUGGUUAAAUGGAGAGUGAGGGUAGUUUCAGGAAUGGCAGUUCAUCCAUUUGGAGGGACAGUGAUGCGGAUAUCUUCUCAAACUCAUUCCACAGAGAGGAUGAUGAAGAGGCUCUCAAAUGGGCUGCCAUUCAGAAACUUCCCACCAUUUCCCGUAUGAGGAAAGCUUUGCUCACUUCAUCCGAAGGGAGAGUGGAUGAGAUUGAUGUGCACAAACUUGGGUUGCAAGAAAGGAGAGUCUUGCUUGAAAGACUGGUGAGAACUGCUGAAGAGGAUAAUGAGAAGUUUUUGCUCAAGCUAAGGGAACGUAUUGAUAGAGUUGGAAUUGAUCUUCCUGCUAUAGAGGUUCGGUUUGAGAACUUGAAUGUCCAAGCAGAAGCUCGUGUAGGAAAUAGAGCUUUGCCUACCUUCACUAACUUCAUGGUUAAUAUUUUGGAGGGUCUGUUGAACUCUCUUUGUAUUCUACGAAGUAGCAAACAACAUAUACGUAUUCUCCAGGAUGUUAGUGGAAUAAUAAAGCCUGGCAGAAUGACAUUACUUUUGGGCCCUCCGAGUUCCGGAAAAACCACACUAUUGUUGGCCUUGGCAGCAAGACUUGAUCCAAAGUUAAAGUUUUCUGGAAAGGUGACUUAUAAUGGUCAUGGGAUGGAUGAGUUUGUACCCCAAAGAACUGCAGCAUAUGUCAAUCAAAAUGAUCUUCACAUUGCAGAGUUGACGGUCAGAGAAACCUUGGCCUUCUCAGCAAGAGUUCAAGGAGUUGGAACUCGUUAUGAUUUGCUUGCAGAAUUGUCCAGAAGAGAAAAACAGGCAAAUAUCAUGCCUGAUCCAGAUAUUGAUGUCUACAUGAAGGCUGUAGCAACUGAAGGCCAGAAGGCAAAUUUGAUAACAGAUUACAUCCUAAGGAUUUUAGGACUUGAAAUCUGUGCUGAUAUUGUUGUAGGAAAUGCAAUGUUAAGGGGAAUCUCUGGUGGACAAAAGAAACGCCUUACAACAGGAGAGAUGCUGGUUGGACCAGCUAAAGCUCUAUUCAUGGAUGAAAUAUCUACUGGUCUGGAUAGCUCAACCACCUUCCAGAUUGUGAACUCACUCAAGCAAUCUGUUCACAUUCUCAAAGGAACCACAGUGAUCUCACUCUUGCAGCCAGCGCCGGAGACUUACAAUCUUUUUGAUGACAUUAUUCUACUCUCUGAUAGUCAUAUAGUGUACCAGGGUCCACGCGAAUAUGUGCUUGAAUUUUUCGAAUCAAUGGGUUUUCAGUGUCCUGAGAGGAAAGGUGUGGCAGAUUUUUUGCAAGAAGUAACAUCAAGGAAAGAUCAAGAACAGUACUGGGCACGAAAAGAUCAACCUUAUAGAUUUAUCACAGCCAAAGAGUUCUCAGAGGCACUCAAGUCAUUUCAUGUUGGGAGAAGCCUUCGUGAAGAACUUGAUAGGGAAUUUGACAAGUCUAAGAGUCACCCAGCGGCUUUGACAACCAAAAAGUUUGGAGUGGGGAAAUGGGAACUGUUAAAAGCUUGCUUAUCAAGAGAAUAUUUACUUAUCAAACGCAAUUCGUUUGUUUACACCUUCAGGCUGAGCCAACUUGCUGUAAUGGCAUUUAUUACCAUGACCAUCUUCCUCCGGACUGAGAUGCGCAGAGACUCAGUGGCUGAUGGCGGGAUAUAUGUGGGUGCAUUGUUCUAUUGCCUUGUUGUGGUUAUGUUCAAUGGACUUGCUGAACUUUCCAUGGCCGUUUUAAGGCUUCCUGUUUUCUACAAGCAAAGGGAUAAUCUGUUUUUUCCUUCAUGGGCAUAUGCUCUUCCUGCAUGGAUCCUAAAAAUCCCUAUGACUUUUGUGGAAGUUGCUGUUUGGCUAUUCCUAACCUACUAUGUCAUUGGAUUUGAUCCAAAUAUAGGAAGGUUUUUUAAACAAUACCUUGUUCUUUUACUAGUGAACCAGAUGGCUUCCGCAUUGUUCCGAUUUAUUGCAGGAAUUGGGAGGGAAUUGAAAGUAGCUUUAACUAUGGGGUCAUUCACGCUAACCGUCCUUUUUGCUAUGAGUGGUUUUAUCUUAUCAAAAGACAACAUAAAAAAAUGGUGGCUAUGGGGCUUCUGGAUAUCACCUAUGAUGUAUGGACAGAAUGCUUUGGUAAAUAAUGAGUUCCUUGCAGAGAGAUGGAGACAUGUUCUACCAAACUCUACGGAGCCUCUUGGAAUCGAAGUUUUGAAAUCACGGGGAUUCUUCGUUCAAUCGUAUUGGUUUUGGAUAGGCGUUGCGGUUUUGAUUGGAUACACAUUACUUUUCAACUUUGGCUACAUCCUUGCUCUUACGUAUUUGAGCACACCUGGGAAGCAACAUGCUUUUAUAUCCGAAGAACCUGAAAACAAUGAGCAAAAUGGUGCUAGUAAUAAAGGAACUGAUGUGAUGAGAUCCAUAAAAUAUAACGUUACCGAACACUCAACUAAAGUGAGAAAGGGCGAAAGUAUAUGUGGAAAUACACCUUCUCAUACUUUACCCACUGGAAAUAGAGGAAUGGUUCUUCCUUUUGAAUCACAUUCUAUAACCUUUGAUGAAGUAACAUAUGCUGUGGACAUGCCACAGGCAAUGAGGAACGAAGGAGUUGUUGAGAAUAAAUUGGUUCUUUUGAAGGGUGUCAGUGGAUCCUUCAGGCCAGGUGUUCUCACUGCUCUAAUGGGUGUCACUGGAGCAGGCAAAACAACUCUGAUGGAUGUUCUUGCUGGUAGAAAAACUGGAGGAUAUGUUGGAGGGAACAUCACAAUCUCCGGGUAUCAGAAGAAGCAAGAAACAUUUGCAAGAAUUUCAGGAUACUGCGAGCAAAACGACAUCCACUCUCCUCAUGUCACUGUGUAUGAAUCCUUGGUUUAUUCAGCUUGGCUCCGAUUGUCUCCAGACAUCAAUGCUCAAACCAGAAAGAUGUUCAUUGAGGAAGUCAUGGAACUUGUGGAAUUGAAAUCACUAAGGCACGCAAUAGUCGGAUUGCCAGGUGUUGAUGGUCUCUCAAUAGAGCAACGUAAAAGGUUGACAAUUGCGGUUGAACUUGUGGCAAAUCCUUCCAUAAUAUUCAUGGAUGAGCCAACCUCUGGGCUAGAUGCAAGAGCAGCAGCUAUUGUCAUGAGAACGGUUAGAAACACUGUAGACACUGGAAGAACAGUUGUUUGUACCAUCCAUCAGCCUAGCAUAGACAUAUUUGAAUCAUUUGAUGAGCUUUUACUGAUGAAGCAAGGAGGGCAAGAGAUAUAUGCGGGCCCACUUGGACAUCGUUCUUCCAAUUUGAUUAGUUACUUUGAGGAAAUCCAAGGUAUCAGUAAGAUUAAAGAUGGCUAUAAUCCUGCAACAUGGAUGUUGGAAGUCACAAGUUCAGCAAAAGAAUUGGAAUUGGGGAUUGAUUUUGCCGAUGUGUACAAACAUUCAGAGUUAUACAGGAGAACCAAAGCACUUGUUAAAGAAUUGAGUACUCCAUCUCCUGGUUCGAAAGACCUUUAUUUUCCUUCACAGUACUCAACUUCCUUCUUCACCCAAUGCAUGGCUUGCUUGUGGAAACAACAUUGGUCUUACUGGCGCAAUGCUCAAUACACUGCCCUAAGAUUUCUAUACACAACUACUGUAGCUGUUUUGCUUGGGAGCAUGUUUUGGAACCUUGGCUCCAAAAUUGAAAGGCAACAAGAUCUUUUCAAUUCAAUGGGCUCCAUGUAUGCUUCUGUGAUCCUUCUUGGUGUUAAGAAUUCUAACUCAGUGCAGCCAGUAGUUGCUGUUGAGCGGACAGUGUUUUAUAGGGAAAGAGCAGCUGGAAUGUAUUCAGCUUUUCCAUAUGCUUUUGCUCAGGUUGUGAUUGAGCUCCCAUAUGUACUUGGACAGGCUGCAGUCUAUAGCAUUAUAAUUUAUGCAAUGAUUGGUUAUGAAUGGAGUGUGGCUAAAUUUUUCUGGUUUCUAUUCUUCAUGUACUUUUCCUUCCUGUACUUCACCUACUAUGGAAUGAUGGCAGUGGCAAUGACCCCAAACCAACACAUCUCCACUAUAAUUUCUGCUGGGUUUUAUUCAGUGUGGAAUAUCUUCUCAGGAUUCAUAGUUCCACGGCCUAGGAUCCCAGUAUGGUGGAGGUGGUACAGUUGGGCAAAUCCAAUUUCUUGGAGUUUGUAUGGAUUGGUGGCUUCACAAUACGGAGAUAUAAAGCAAACCAUUGAAUCCACUUCUGGGACAACAACAGUGGAAGACUUUGUGAGAAGUUACUUUGGUUUCAGGCAUGAUUUUCUUGGAGUGGUUGCAGCUGUGAUGAUUGCAUUCACAUUGGUUUUUGCAUUGGUCUUUGCUGUAUCAGUGAAGAUGUUUAAUUUCCAGCGGCGUUAGGAAACCAUUCCAGUAUUUUGUAUAGAAAUGUUGAAUAUAACAUUUGUAAGAAAAUAUCUUAUAGUGUAUUUA